CGGCACGUUCCAAUUCGGCUCCUGGCCCCUCAAGGGGAGCCCCCAGUGCGAACCCCGAGGAUCGCGCCAGCAGGAGCGCGGCUCCUUACUCUCCGCAGACCGCCAGGCGGAGUCCCGCGGAAGAGGAAAAGGCGACUGCUGGGAUGCUCAGCCCUGAAUGUCGCCUUGGAGCUUGGAGAUGGAUGCAAGGACAUUUUUACGAGAAUUGAAAUGCCUUCAGCAAAUCAGCCUUUUGCUUUUAAUUGUACAUUCCCUCCAGUAACAUCUGGGGAAGUCAGUAUAACUUGGUAUAAAAAUUCUAGCAAAAUCCCAGUGUCCAAAAGCACACAGUUGAGAAUUCACCAGGACGAGACUUGGAUUUUGUUUCUCCCUAUAGCACUGGGGGACUCAGGAAUCUACCAAUGUGUUAUAAAGGGUAGAGACAGCUGUCAUAGAAUACAUGUAAACCUAACUGUUAUUGAAAAACAUUGGUGUGACACUUCUGUAAGUGGUUUGCCGAAUUUAUCAGAUGAGUACAGGCAAAUAUUACAUGUUGGAAAAGAUGAUAGUCUCACAUGUCACCUGCACUUCCCAGAGAGUUGUAUUUUGGAUUCCACAAUGUGGUAUAAGGACUGUAACGAGAUUAAAGGGGAGCGGUUCACUCAUUUGGAAACCAAGCUUUUUGUGAGCAACGUCUCGCCAGAGGACAGAGGGAACUAUGUGUGUCAGACCAUACUGUUACACUCGGGGAAGAAGUACAAGGUUUCAAAUAGCAUCACUGUGAGCACCAAAAGAGUUGAAUAUGGAGGAAGUAUCCCUAAAAUCAUUUAUCCAAAAAAUAAUUCAAUUGAAGUACAGCUAGGCACCACCCUGAUUGUGGACUGCAAUAUAACAGACACAAAGGAUAAUACAAAUCUACGGUGCUGGAGAGUCAAUAACACUUUAGUGGAUGUUUGCUAUAAUGAAUCCAAACGAAUCAGAGAAGGGGUGGAAAGCUAUGUCUCUUUUCAGGAACAUAAUUUGUACACAGUAAACAUCACCUUCUUGGAAGUGAAAAUGGAAGAUUAUGGCCUUCCUUUCAUGUGCCACGCUGGAGUGUCCACAGCAUACAUUAUACUGCAGCUUCCAGCUCCAGAUUUUCGAGCUUACUUGAUAGGAGGGCUUAUUGCCUUGAUGGCUGUGGCCGUGUCUGUUGUGUACAUCUACAACAUUUUUAAGAUUGACAUUGUUCUUUGGUAUCGAAGUGCCUUCCAUCCUACUGGGACCAUAGAAGAUGGGAAGCUGUAUGACGCCUACGUCUUAUACCCCAAGCCCCACAAGGAAAGCCAGAGGCACGCCGUGGACGCCCUGGUGUUGAAGAUCCUGCCAGAGGUGCUGGAGAGACAAUGUGGAUAUAAGUUAUUUAUAUUCGGCAGAGAUGAAUUCCCUGGACAAGCUGUGGCCAAUGUCAUCGAUGAAAAUGUUAAGUUGUGUAGGAGGCUAAUGGUGAUUGUGGUCCCCGAAUCGCUGGGCUUUGGCCUGUUAAAGAACCUGCCGGAAGAACAAAUUGCAGUCUACAGUGCCCUCAUCCAGGAUGGGAUGAAGGUCAUUCUCAUUGAGCUAGAGAAAAUCGAGGACUACACAGCCAUGCCGGAGUCAAUUCAGUAUAUCAGACAGAAGCACGGGGCCAUCCGGUGGCACGGGGACUUCACAGAGCAGUCACAGUGUGCGAAGACCAAGUUUUGGAAGACAGUGAGAUAUCACAUGCCACCCAGAAGGUGUCCACUGUCUCCUCCAGUCCAGCUCCUGCAGCACACGCCUUGCAACUGCAUGGCAGGUGAGCGAAUGGGAGGAGGACACGAGGUUCACCACGCACUGACAGGGGGUUUAUCAUUGCGCGGUGGCUCACAGCUGAAGGAGGACGCAUUUCAUCGGGGCUCUCCGCUCUGAAGCUGGCAGGUGCAUACUAGUGAGCGAGUCUGUUGUGUUUGUUAUCAUUUGUUUGCUUUGAUCAGAGCUGCUGCUUCCGGGAAAGACAGGGCUUCUGCAGAAGGCCCUUGUUAGCCUAUGGGCUCAUUGAUACACUUGAGCACUCAUGAAGCCCUGGGUGGGUAUGCACUUGGGCCCCUUGGAAAUGGGACACAGAGGGUUUUAGAGAUGGCAGUGGACAUGCCCGAAAGUUUGCCCAUGAUAAGGCACCCACGGAGUCUGAGAUGGGAGCCUGCACUGUCAGGGGACAGGAGGAGGGCAGUCUAGCACCAGGAGAGGGUUGGCAAGGAUAGCAGUAUUUGUCCAUGGCUGUCCAGUGUCCGCAGGGCCUGUGCUCAGGUGUCAUUUGCUGUGUCUGUGUCUCUCUCACUCUGCCAGUGCAGACAAAGAGCUGUGAUCACAGCCUUAGCACUUUGCUUCCAGAGAGAGUUAAAAGUCACCUAGACCAGUGGGGACCCACAGGUGUGGCCACGACUACCUCUUGGUUACCCUCCCAGUAAGCCCAUGCUUGAGAGGCUUUAUCUGCCA